UAUAUAUAUAUGAGUACAGAUAUAUGAAACAGUUUAACUCUGGUCUCCAUUAAUCUUUGUACUAAAGCUGGUAAUGGCAACAAGCAUGAAUUUUCUUGUAUUUGCAACGGUGUUGACUGCAUCACUUUUACACCUUUCUCAGGCAUUGACCACACAAGAUUGUGACAGCUCCAUAACCGUUGACACCAAUCUAACCAAUCUGCUGUGUACUCGCCAAGUACUCCAGCAAAAGAUCUUUGUGCAACAGGACCCUUCGAACACUCGUAGGUUCAUUGUCUGCACUGACAUAAUGAUCGGUUGUAUGGGAGCGUGUCCGAACAACAAACUCUUUGAUAGCGCUAGCAGAAGUUGUAACCUCAUUCCUGCUGAACAUUGCAAACCACCGGCAUCGGCUCGUCAAACGACGGAUCCUUUAAAGAUUAGCAGUUCCUGUAAUCGAAAUAGUAAGACAUGCGAUUAUCUUCCCUAUCCCGGAGAUGACACUUCGUAAGUACAUUACGUUUCUUGUGUUUAUUUU